AUGCAGCGGUUUGCGCUCUGCCUGGCUGACUGGCUGAGGCGCUUUCUGGCCUGGGAGGACAGCGAGGAAGACCGCAAGGCCUGGAGGUGGAUCUCCGAGGGCAGCGAGUUCACCAUCCAGCCCUCCCCCGACGAGGAGUUCUUCGGGGAGCAGAGCGGCACCAAGCUGAUCCUGCACCUGCGGGAGGAGGCGCAGGAGUACCUGGACACAGGCAAGUUGUCUGACUUGCUGAAGAAGUACAGCGAGUUCAUCACGUUCCCGAUCGAGCUCUGGAACGAGAAGGUCCAGUACGACCAGGUGGUCGACGAGUCGGCGCCGCCGCCGAAGGAGGGCGAGAAGCCGAAGAUGAAGAGCGUUCCGCGCUCGGUCUACGAGUGGGAGGUCAUGAACAAGAUGAAGCCCAUCUGGUUGCGCAACCCGGAGGUGGUCAACCAGUCUGAGUACACGGAGUUCUACAAGACCACUUUCAAGGCGUUCGACGAGCCCCUGACGACGACGCACUUCAAGGUGGAGGGCCAGAUCGAGUUCCGCGCGCUCAUGUUCAUUCCAAGCACCAUGCCGUUCGAGCUCACAAGGGACAUGUUCUCGGAGGGCGGCCGGGCUAUGCGGCUGUACGUGAAGCGCGUGUUUAUCAACGACAAGUUCGAGGACCUGAUCCCCCGCUGGCUGACGUUCGUGCGAGGCGUCGUCGACUCUGAGGACCUGCCCCUGAACGUGGGCCGAGAGAUCCUGCAGAAGAGCAGGACGCUGAAGAUCAUCCGGAAGCGCCUCGUGCGGAAGGUGCUGGAUUCGAUCGACGACAUGAGGGAGAAGCAGCGGAGCAAAUACGACCAGUUCUGGAGCAACUACGGCAAGUAUUUCAAGGUCGGCCUCGUGGAGGACCUGGACUACAAGGACGAGCUCAAGCGCUUCGUGCGGUUCUACUCCUCUAAGAGCGGCGACAACAUGACCAGCCUGCCCGAGUACCUCGAUCGCAUGCAGGAGGGCCAGGACAAGAUCUACUUCGUGACGGGCGAGGGCAAGAAGGCGGCGGAGAUCGCGCCGGCCAUGGAGAAGAUGAACAAGAAGGGCUACGAGGUGCUCUACAUGGUCGACCCGCUUGACGAGAUCUGCAGCCAGAGCAUUGUGGACUUCGACGGGCGGAAGCUCGUGGACAUCAACAAGGCGGGCUUGGACUUGGACAAAACUGAGGACGAGAAGACCAAGUUCGAGCAGCUCACAAAGGAGUACGAGGAGCUGGCCGCGUGGCUGAAGAAGCAGCUCGGAGAGCGGGUGCAGAAGGUUGAGAUCGGCGACCGGCUGGUGGACUCCGCGGCGACACUCGUGCAGGGGGAGUGGGGCAUGUCGCCCAUGAUGCAGCGGUACAUGAAGUCGCAGACCACCUCUAGCUCGCAGGACAGCGCGUUCGCCAUGGGCUCGCGGAACCAGGGGUGCGAAGGCGGUCCGCUCUCCGUGCUGCGCGGCCCGGGCUCGGCUACAAACGUCGAGCGGCCAAUCGCGGAUACUUAUGUUAAGUCCUGCCAGUCAGCGUCAACAAGUUAUGGUACCGCACAAGGUUUGAAUGCCAGGGCCUACCACGACAGCUGGUGCGGCACUCGAUACUCGUACCUGCUAUUUAGCGUUCCUUGCGACACUCUGGAUGCAACGCUCUGGCUGUGGCCGGUCCAUUCUGAUGACACCUUUCCACAGGCGAAACUCACUGGUAAGACCACCAUCUCGGUUUCGUUCGUUGCAGAAUGGAUGUGGGCGGGGAUCACCGAGACAGGCACGAGCUUCUCCACGUCAAGCUCCAUGAGUCCAGUACUGGCAGGAUCACAUGAGUUGGACAUGGAGUCUGAGGAGGGCUUUCCUGUAGGGGACGCCAUCGGGAUUACUGGUGGCGGCAAUUCGAAGACACGUGACAUCGCGAGUUUUGGAUCCAUCGUGCUCGACGUACCAUUGGGCUACGGAUACCCAGCGGGCUCCAGGAUCACCAAUCUGGGCGGUAGUUAUCCGAGCAAUAUUGAGAUCAGCGCGUCGGAGCAGGCGGACCAUGAGAUCAGCGCGCCGGAGCACCAGUCGGACCAGAACGCCGAGUUGUUGAAGACCAUGGACUGUUGUUUCCUUCCAAUGGCGACGGAGGACGGGUCAGUGCCAGCUACCGAGGAUAGGCCAAGAGUGAAAGUCCACGGCAUAGAGUCAACACAGCUUUUUAAUAGCACCCGCAUGGUGCUUGAUAGUUGGCAUCAUGCUGAUGCGCAGAAGGCUAUCCGCACCUUGUCUCAAAAGGAUAUCUUGGUCACAAACGCCAAGGACAAGGAGAUCAACUCUAAGGUAAUCAGCUCUCUGGACCGCAUGAUCCACAGCCGUCACACCUUGCUCAUCUAA